AUGCCGGUCCAGGAGCUGUGGCUGGCCCAGGCCGUGCUGUUCCUCCUGGUCUACCUGACGGCCCUAACGGGGAACCAUCUCAUCGUCGCCGUCAACAUCCUCGACCGGCGUCUCCACACCCCCAUAGAAAUCUCCCUCCUGGCCUGUGCUGCCCAAGUCUUCUUAGUGGUUUUCCUUGCUGUUUCAGAGAUGUCCCUCCUCAUGAUGAUGUGCUACGACCGCUAUGCGGCCAUCUGCCAACCCCUGCGAUACGACCUCAUCAUGGACAGAGGGGCCUGUGGGAAGAUGGCGGCCGCCUCCUGGCUCAACGGGGGGCUCUUCGGGGCGAUGUACUCGGCCGGGAUAUUUAAAUUAAGCUUCUGCGAAUCCAACGUGAUCCAGCAGUUCUUCUGCGAUGUCCCUGCCUUACUGAAGAACUCCUGCUCGGAAACGCACGUUGUAAUUGACGUCAGCGUGGACGUGGGUAUCGGCUUUGGUUCCGUCUCCUUCGUCUCCCUCGUCGUCUCCUACGUCCGCAUCUUCUUGGCCGUACUGAGGUUCCCGUCCACCGAGAUGACAGACUACUCAUUGUCCCUCCAUUUCGUCUACCUCAUUGUCGACCCCUAG